AUGGAGCUGGUACAGGGCAACAAAUCAGUGUCAGAGUAUGCAGACCGCUUCAAACAUCUACUUCGCUUCAACACUAUGGCGGUGGAUGAAGAAUGGCAAUGCAGAAAAUUUGAAAAUGGCUUGAGGAGUGAUAUCAAGCUGCUUGUAAAGGGGUUACGCAUCAGAGAGUUCCUUGCUCUGGUGGAGAUGGCCCGUGAUCUAGAGAAGACGAAGAGGGAAUCUGAGAGACAGCAGAGUCAGCCUGCUAGGAGUGGGGGAUCAUCUGGGUCUCGUGGUGGACUUAGCACUAGGAAGACCCCUUACACUAGACCAUCCCUUUCUUCUGGGUCUAGGGGUUCAUCCUCUCAGCCAUCAGUACAGUCAGGACCAGCCAGACCAUCUGGCACCGUUAGAUGUUUUGGUUGUGGAGGACCUCAUUACCGGAACAACUGCCCUCUGGCAAAUGGCGCAAGGAAGUGCUUCAAGUGCGAAAAAGAGGGACACAUUGCUGUUGAGUGUACCUCUACAGCAGGGUCAGGGCCUUAG